AUGGUUUUGCCAGUCCUCAAAGGGGUCUGGAUGCAUGAUGUCUCUAACCUCUGGCUAACUGCAGGCAACACGACUUUCGGGAAACAACUGUGCUUUGUGAAGCAGCUGUGUCUUGGUGGACGAGUGACGGGCCUCGCCUAUGUUUGCACGGAGCUGGCGGCGCCGGUGGGAGCUUGGGCAGGGAUGUUCGUUUUCUGCGGCAUCACGCUCCUGCUGCUCCGCACGGAUCAGAUCCUAUCGGGCAAGAACUACCUGGUAGGUUCCAUCUUCUUAUUCUUCUCGCCAGUGUUCUGCGCUGCACGGACUCAGAACUUCGUGGCCAAGCCCCAAGAAGCCUUUCCUACGGCGAUGGCUGCGCCACAGCCGCCUGCGGAGGAGCCCGUGGAGUCCUUGCCCAAGGCAAACGCGGCCAACCCGGGCUACCAUUGGCUGACGGGCGCCGAUAGAAGGGACGUCUUCCUGCUCCUGGAUACGUACCACCGAGAGCUGAUUUCGCGGCUUGAUCGCCAAGAUGCGGUGCUCUCUCAGAUGUCUUCGAAGUUCAGCUCCGAGUCUGCGUGGAGAAGUUUGGGAACUUCCAAAGCGCCACCGACGGCGCCACGCACCGGCACCGGCGAGAAGGCCCGUCCGCGGAGCAGCCAGGCCAGCCAAGAGAGCAACGAGGCGAAAGGCUCCGAUCGCCCCUCGAUGCUGUCCGACCACUCCAGCAAGGUGUCAAAGUCAAAGUCGUCUCCGGCUGCGCCGCCGCUGCGCCCGAGAUUAUCCUUCCAGGCGCCUAAGCUCUUCACCACCUUCACGGCCCACAACCUGCAGGCCCAGGAUGCUGCUGCGAGCGUUGAUGGCAUUCAUUCCCGCAAGCGCUUCGCCAGCAUACGCAUCUCGCGGGCCAAGCAGCAGACAGGCCAAUUCAUCAUCGACCUCGUUCGCCAUCCCAUCUUCGACAGCUUCUAUGCAUUGGUGGUGCUGGCCAACUCCGUUUACAUCGGCCUCGAGGUAGAGCAUUCAAUAUCUGGCACGGACGAACCUCGUCCGACCUGGAUGUUUGUGGUCCAGUAUGUCUUCACUAUCCUCUUCACUGUGGAACUGCUUCUGCGAGUCAUGACUGACGGCCUACGAUUCUUUUGCUCAGAGGAUUGGACCUGGGCGCUGCUGGAUCUGAUAAUUGUGGUGAGCUCCAUCUGGGAGAUCAUCGUGCAACAUGCGCAAGAUGCUAUGCCUCCCGGGCAGGAGACGGAGCUUGGAACCAUCGCGGGCAUUUCCAGCCUCAAGGCCUUUCGGAUCAUCCGCAUCACCCGGAUCUUGAAGACCGUGCAGGUCGUCCGCAUUCUGCGGUUCGUGGUGGCUCUUCGCACAUUGGUCACGUCGAUCUUUGGCACCUUAAAGUCACUGCUUUGGGCGCUGGUGCUGAUUCUUCUCAUAGAAUAUGUGUUUGCGAUUCUUUUUACCCAAGCUGUGAAUGAUUUCCUGAACGACCUGCCGCCAUCACAUGAUGUGGAUGUGACGAUUAUGGACGCAUCGCGACUCUACUUCGAGAAUGUCUUCACCACGAUGCUCAGCCUCUUCAUGAGCAUUGCGGGCGGAGUGAGUUGGGAGCAAGUGCUGGUUCCACUGAAAGCCAUUUCUGCGCCGUGGGUGCUGCUGUUUCUUUUCUACAUGUUCUUCACGUAUUUUGCGGUGCUGAAUGUAAUUACUGGCGUAUUUUGCCAGUCAGCCAUCGACAGUGCGCAAAACGAUCAUGCCACUGUGGUCCAUACCAUCUUGGCCAACAAACAAGCGCACCUUGAAAAGGUGCGGGAGCUUUUCAACAAGUUGGGGGCGGAGAAUACAGGUGGCAUCACCUACCUCAUGUUUGAGGAGAAGAUAACAUCUCCAGAAGUGAAGGAGUACUUCGAGUCCCUGGGUCUCGAUGUGUGGGAUGCCUGGUCUUUCUUCAAAAUGCUGGAUCUGGAUGAUAGCGGUGCCGUGGACAUCGAGGAGUUCUUGAUGGGCUGCCUGCGCGUGCGGGGCACUGCCAAAGCCAUCGACAUCGGAAAGAUCAUCCACGACCAGACUUGGCAGAUCAAAGAGCAAGGCAAGUUCCAAACCUAUGUGGAGUCCGAGCUGAAGGAGAUCAAGGAUGGCUUGUGGGAGAUGCGUCCCAAGCAGCACAGGAACGUUUGA